UGUUUGACUGUUGAUUUAAAGAGGAAUCUUAAAAUGUAAUCACAUCUAUCUCUCUCUUUUCUUCCCCUCUUGCCAUAAUAUAAACCAGAACUCCGCAUCUGUAAGAUAAGUUCUGUCAAUCCCUUCAGCCAAUAGUCUUUAAGGUCAGAAGAGCUUUAUGCUCGCGUCUCGACCUCUGUCAGAGGACCUCUAGAUCAGCCCACUGGGCCUCUCUGGCCUGGAGUAUAGCCUCACCCCCAACCCUCUCGAUACGAGGAGAGGCGUGCACGUGGGUGUGCUGCUGUCACUCUAUUCCAGCUGGACGGACACAACACAAAGUUUAAAGAAGAGAGGACACGCCGCGGCACAGGACGCACCAGGCUGAUCACUUUGGGCUUCUCCUUCGGAUUUUUACGUUUCUGUUCCGUUUUGUCGUUGUCAAAGUGCUCACGGUUUAAAUCGGGGGGGCUUGUUGUCCUUUUGGGGGAGUUUCACGUGUCUCCAUUUGGCACCAGACGCAUCUGUCAUCAAGCGUUACUGCCUGGAGCUGCCAAAGUCAUGCCGGACGGGUUUCAGCAACUUGGAGGGGAGACAUUGACUGGAACCUUUGUUCUCUCAGUCUUUACCGCUGUCCUGGGAUCUCUAGAGUUUGGAUACAAUAUCGGAGUCAUCAAUGCACCUCAGAAGAUCAUUGAGGAGGACUAUAAUGCUACAUGGGUGCACCGGUAUGGAGAGUCCAUCCCCGCAGGGACCCUCACCUCCCUCUGGUCCCUGUCUGUGGCCAUCUUCUCAAUUGGUGGCAUGCUGUCCUCCUUCUGUGUGGGCUUUGUCUCCGAGUGGCUGGGCAGGAGGAAAGCCAUGCUCAUAAACAACAUGUUUGCCUUCAUUGGUGGAAGUCUGAUGGGGUUGUCAAAGCUCUGCCGCUCCUUUGAAAUGAUGAUCCUCGGACGCUUUGUCAUUGGCGCCUACUGCGGGUUGGCGUCAGGCUUGACACCGAUGUAUGUGGGCGAGAUAGCUCCUACAAGUCUGCGAGGGGCACUGGGCACGCUGCACCAACUGGCUAUCGUCACCGGUAUCCUCAUAGCACAGGUCCUCGGUCUGGAGUCGUUACUGGGCGUUGCGGACUUGUGGCCAAUUCUGUUGGGUUUAUCGGUUGUGCCGGCUGUAUUUCAGAUGGCACUUCUGCCUUUCUGCCCUGAGAGCCCUCGCUUCCUUUACAUCGUCCGCUGCCAGGAGCACCAAGCCAAGAGAGGCCUGAGAAGGUUGACCGGCAGGCAGGACGUGAGCAGCAUGCUGGCGGAGAUGAAGGAGGAGAAGAGGAAGAUGGACAUGGAGAGGAAGGUGUCUAUCCUGGAGCUCUUUCGCUCUCCGCUCUAUCGCCAGCCCAUCAUCAUCUCCAUCCUGCUGCAGCUCUCCCAGCAGCUGUCUGGGAUCAACGCAAUUUUCUACUACUCCACCAGUAUCUUCAUGAAGGCAGGAGUCCAGAGUCCAGUCUACGCCACCAUCGGAGCAGGCGUGGUAAACUGUGCCUUCACCGUGGUCUCGCUCUUCCUGAUAGAGAGGAUGGGUCGACGGACGCUCCACAUGCUGGGUCUUGGAGGAAUGUGCAUCUGUGCCGUCAUCAUGACCAUGGCUCUUGCGUUGUUGGACAGUGUCCCAUGGAUGAGCUACAUUAGCAUGCUGUCCAUCUUCGGCUUUGUGGCCUUCUUUGAGAUCGGUCCGGGUCCCAUCCCCUGGUUCUUUGUAGCCGAGCUAUUCUCUCAGGGUCCAAGGCCGGCUGCCAUGGCUGUGGCCGGCUUCUCCAACUGGACCGCCAACUUCAUCAUCGGCAUGAGCUUCCAAUAUGUUGCUGACCUAUGUGGGCCAUACGUCUUCCUGAUCUUCGCAGUACUCCUCCUCUUCUUCCUCAUCUUUACAUUCUUCCGGGUGCCAGAGACACGGGGCAAAACCUUCGACCAGAUCGCCGCAAACUUCCAUCAGGACUCUGUAGGAGGAAUGAUGGACAUGGACAUGGAUCUGGACAAGCCCAGCACCGAGCUGGACUACUUGGGGGAUGAAAGCAUCAACUGAAAAGUUCCUGCUGAAGAGAGAUGGGACUGAGUACAUCUUGGAAUGGGCCUGACUCCUAACUUUUACUUUCUGACAUAUUGAGGUCAAUUGUUGAAUUCAUCUAGAUUGUGGUGCCAAAGCAGUGUUACUAGUGUGACAAUUUGGGUGUUUUGGAAUUGUCCUUUGUUGGUACCACAGCAAUAUGAGGUUAUGAAUUGAGCCUCGACAGGCUAGAAACCUAUGGAUUAAGAGUUGACUACUGUAGUUUCAAGGUGAACAUCAGAGAAAAGCGUCUGGACUGUUGAGGCAUUGACUUCCCUCGUGGUUGGUAGGAUUUUAUUCCACGGCGAUGCACUUGAUGGCAAUAUUGACAGACUGAGGUGGAGAGACUUUAGAAUUCCUGCACUUUAUCUACAAAGACAUCCAACAUUUUCAGAGUUUGGACAUAACCCCCCCCUCUCAGAAAUAGCAUACACAGCCAUAGAGCCAAGUAUACUUGCAUAUUUUGUACUAAAGCUGUGAACACUAGAUGUGUAAAUCCAACCGACUGAAGAACUUUUAACUGACAGCAUUCAGAUUUUUACCAUUUUGCUGAAAUUACAAGAUCAUGGUUCACAGAGUUGUCCAAUUGGUUUGAAUUAAGAUUUAAAUCCCAACACCUUUUGGUACCUAUGGAACCCUUUCAAUAACGGUCAAUUGUCAAGUACCAAAAGCUGGUCUGAGAUCUUUGAUCAUACAAUUUAAUUAAAAGGAUAGAUUUAUAUUUAGGCAAAUUCCGGGUCUGGCUUCUUGGGUAGAUUUAAAAUUCUGAAUUUUAAAUUUACAGCAAUUACAUGUUUAUUCAAAUUUAAGAUUAAAAAGAAAAAGAAAAGUAUAAUUGUGGCAUCAAAACUCAAGUAAUUGGAUCAGUGUAGAAACAUCUCAGAUGAUUCCCAACAACGUGCCAGCUGAUCCUACUUUACUAGGCCUAUUUUUCAGAGUGUAAGAGUUCAAAGCCUUCAUUGCCAAACCGGGCUUUCAUUCAUGUAGUGUGUUCCCAGCUUCAGAAAAAGUGCCACCAUAAGAUUUGUGAUCAUGGAAAACUUACUGCACAAAAGCUACUUUUAAAGAAAAAAAAAAAAGAGCAAACUAUUUUAGUAGUUAACGUGUACAUAUAUAUAGUGUGUUAAUUGGUUCUUAAUAUUAAGGUAUGAGGGUCUAAAAGUUUCAAUUUUGUUAUGCACUCCAGUAGCUGUGAACAGAAGCCAGAUACACAAGAUGUAAGAUGUGCAAUUAAAAAUAAUAUAUAAGGGCUGAAUGUAAAGACUAGAACUUUUUUAAUUUUAUUACACAAGCAUCAUAUGUUUUGUGUUUUUCUUGUUGUGUGUGCAGUUUGCUGUCUAUUCUUUAAUGGUGUGCAUCACUACCUUCUGAUUGUAUUCAAGUUGUUCAGAGAGGAUCUGUAAUUAUGAUGCGGUGGUCAUUUAGUGACUAAAAGGAUGAAAGUACUGUAUAAUAAUAAUAAUAACAACAAUGAAAACACCAGAGAAGGCCUCCAGUAAUGUAUGCCUUGUACUUGAA